GACCAGCAAUGGGAAGAGUACAGUGAUCAACGCCAUGCUCAGAGACCGGGUUCUGCCCAGCGGCAUUGGCCACACCACCAACUGCUUCCUGAGUGUGGAGGGAACAGACGGAGAGGAGGCCUUUCUGACCACUGAGGCGUCCAAUGAGAGGCGGAGUGUAUCUACGGUGAACCAGCUGGCUCAUGCUCUUCAUAUGGAUCCAGCCCUGGACUCUGGGAGUCUGGUCCAGGUGUUCUGGCCGAAGAGUCGUUGCAGUUUGCUGAGGAACGACUUGGUGCUCCUGGACAGGAUGUGCAGCAGAACUGCUGGUGGUGCACUGGCUGAAGGGUUCCAUGAGAGGCUGAGAGAGUUCCACAGGUUUGAGAGGACCUUUGAGGAAUUCAUCUCUCAGUCAGCAAUCCGGACAAAGUUCGAGCAGCACACGGUCAGAGCGCUGCAGAUAACCGAGGACAUCAAGGCCAUCAUGGACGCCAUCAACAUCGCCUCUGCAGACAGGAAGAUCUGCUGCCUGGAGGAACGGGAGGAGCAGCGGGACCGAUUGGACUUUGUCCGAGGACAGAUGAACCGUCUGAGCGACAGCAUCAAGGACAGGAUCAAAUCUCUGACCGAUGAUGUCACUGCUAAGGUCAACUCGGCGCUGUCAGAUCAAAUUCGCUUACUUCCAGUUCUGGUGGAGGAGUUCAGAGCCGACUUUAGUCCAACUACAGACACUCUGGAGCUCUACAAAAUGAAGCUGGUGCAGCAUGUGGAUGACCGGUUGGUGGGCUGUUUGUCUCACUGCUGCUCCAUCAGMAUCCUCAGAGACGUCAGCGAGGUUCAGAGACACAUGAUUGACAGCGUCCGUCCUCUAUUGUCUCUUUCCGUCCAGCAGCAGCUCUCUGCUCCAUCCUCCUCCUUUCAGAUGACCUAUGACCUGGGCCUCCAUGCUGUCUGUGCAGACUUCAAGGAGAACAUCAACUUCCAGUUCUCUCUGGGCUGGACCGCCCUAGUGACCCGCUUCAUUGGAGCUGCUAACGCCCGGCAGGCGCUGAGCGGCGAGCACAGCCUGAAGGAUGGGUCCACCUUCAAAGACAAGAUGGUCAUUUCCAUAGCAACACGUCUGGUCUCCAUCUCCUCCAGAGCAUCCAUGGCUGUGCUGGUGAUCGGUGGAGUGGUGUGGCGUUCAGUGGGGAUACGUGUCAUUGCGCUCUCUGUCUCGCUCUACGGUCUCCUCUACCUGUACGAGAGGCUCACCUGGACUGACGCCAGCAGGGAGCGAGCUCUGAAGCAGCAGUUUGUGGAACACGCCACCCACCGCCUGAGAGCCAUCAUCCCCAUCACAGGCUCCAAAUGUAGCCAGCAGGUCUUCAAGGAGCUGUUGUCGACCUUCAGCCGGCUGGCUCAGAGAGUGGACCUGAGCGAAGCGGAACUGGAGGGGACCAUCCGCCAGCUGAGCUUCAGGAUCCAGAAACUGGAGAACAUCCAGAGGAAGUCCAAGAACUUCAGGAACAGAGCCAUGGAGCUGGAGGCUCAGCUGGAGGCCUUUUCUGCUCAGUACCUGCAGGAAAACUGAAGAAGAAAAAUGUUGCAUUCAAGGGCCUCCGGGUCAGACAAAGCUUUCACUGGUUUCCAGUUGUAUCACUGAGUUGUCACGACAACAGAAGAUGGUGGGAGUCUGUGAUGUCAUCAGGUUUUUAACUUCCUGAAUCAGCUACUGGAGCGAGAUGAUCAGCAACCAGCUGAUGAUCAAAGAUCAAUUGAUCCUAUUUAAAGUGGACAUAUGAUGCUUUUCACGUUAACAUCAUUCAGUUUGAGUUSGAUGCUUUGGUCAGAAUUCCCCCUUAAGACUCAAAAUAUUGGGGUGUACUCUGUACAGUCCGUGAGCCACGCGGACUCCGUGCAUAUUGUCCAUGGACGUUUGAGACUUCAUACUCGAGCGUACUGAUCACCUGACAAUUCCUUAAUUUUUCACAAUUUUAGUCACAGCAUCAAGGAUGAGGAAGAAAUGGUGUGCAUUUUAGCCUUAAAACAACAAAAACAGAACUUUAUAUUCMUUCAUUGAUGUAAAGUUUUUAUGUUCUAAUCUUCUCUGUCAAACACUCUACAAACUGAAUCCAUUUAGUCCACAAAUGACAGAUUCUCAACUUUAUCUGCUUGGUGUCUCAACCAAAACUGCUCAAUGUGAACUCGCCGGACAGUUUAUUGUGUGACAACACAAAAAACUGAUCUCUGUGUGGACUUGUACGGUGAACGUCCGCCUCGAGCCCAACUCGAGUCUGCAUCGAGUCUGCCUCGAGUCUACCUCAAGUCUGUCUCGAGUCUGCCUUGAGUCUGCCCCGAGUCUACCUUGAGUCUGCCUUGAGUCUGCCUCAAGUCUGCCCCGAGUCUACCUUGAGUCUGCCUUGAGUCUGCCUCGGGUCUAACUUGAGUCUGCCUUGAGUCUGCCCCGAGUCUACCUUGAGUCUGCCUCAAGUCUGCCCCGAGUCUACCUUGAGUCUGCCUUGAGUCUGCCUUGAGUCUACCUUGAGUCUGCCUUGAGUCUGCCUCGGGUCUAACUUGAGUCUGCCUUGAGUCUGCCCCGAGUCUACCUUGAGUCUGCCUUGAGUCUGCCCCGAGUCUACCUUGAGUCUGCCCCGAGUCUACCUUGAGUCUACCUUGAGUCUGCCCCGAGUCUACCUUGAGUCUACCUUGAGUCUACCUUGAGUCUGCCUCGAGUCUACCUUGAGUCUGCCUCGAGUCUACCUUGAGUCUACCUUGAGUCUGCCUCGGGUCUACCUUGAGUCUGCCCCGAGUCUACCUUGAGUCUACCUUGAGUCUGCCUCGGGUCUAACUUGAGUAUACCUCGAGUCUGCCUCAAGUCCACACUGACCUCUGUGGAGCAAAGUACGCUAGAGUAUGUGGGGUCCUUUAUUCUAACUUUACCAGGGCCUCUUCCACCUUACCUUAGGUUUGUCUCAAAGCAACUUGUUUUGAWACUGUUCCUUUAAGGUGCUUAAGGCCCCGCCCCCUCCAGCUCUUUCAAAAGCAAAGUGUAGAACAAGGGUUCAGGUUUUACCAGGCUACCCUACUCCCUGUAUGAAGUGUGUACUCAGUUUGUGCAGGUUACAAGCAUUAAAAAUAUGGAGAAUUGGAA